AUUGAUUCUAUAUUUUUGACAACGUCAGAAGGGCGCGAAUUUAAAAUGAUAUUUUUGAAAUUUUGAAAAUUAUUUUAUUUAUAAACCUGCCAUAAAUCAUCAAUAAGUAAUUUCAAACUAUUUUUUUUAUUUCAAAUUAAUUGAUGUGUUAAUGAUUAGCCCUGAAAAUGCCUAACGCCUGUGAUCUUUACUUGAAGACCCGGCACAGUUUCUGUUCUCCACGUCAAAGAGCGCCCAUCGUCUUUAAUUCAGAUGUGAACGUUUCGAAAAGUUCCUCACAGUCCCACGAGUAUUCAUCUCCAAAGUAUUACGAACGAUAUGAGCACGAUGAAGUGCCCGUUAGGGAAUCCGAUUUAAGUGCUACCACCGAUAAGGAUGUCAUACUAACAAAUUCAGAACUCGACAAAAUCGAAAAGAGAGUUUAUGAGACUGUUUCACAAGAACUGCAAACCGACGAGAGCUCAUCUAUCAGUCUCGACUCGAACAUAAAAUUCUUUAAGACGACUGUAGAAAAGCUAUUUGAGAACUUUUACACCAGCAUGAGAGAUUUUGACCUCUACAAGCAGCGGUUUAACGAAAUCUUAGCCAAAAAUAAAGAGGAAUCCUUGGUCGACAUGGAGGACUUUAUUAAUGACAUGUUCCAGAAUAUGAUGUCUUCGGUCGACAUUAAAGUGACCGGCUCAACGACCACAGCUAAACGUUCCGGAAAUUGUGACGCAUCCACACCCACCAACUCGCAAGGGUCGGAAGGAUACGUUACGUUUUACAAUGGAAACCUCAAUACGGACUCUUCGUUUAACGAACAGUCCUCAGCUACGAGGAGUUCAGGAGACGGAGGGGAGACCUUUAACCUAUAUUUGGUCGAGGGGACGUCUUGCGUACAAAUUAACGUGGUGGAAAGAAGUCGCCUCUCGGAGAUUAAUAUCAGAAACUUGGAUUACGAGUCGGUCCGAAAUAAGUUCGCGUCUGCGGAGAAUUUGAAAAAAUUGGGAGACGAGUUCGAUGAGGACAGCUGGGCGGCCGAGCGCCGAGACCGCGUCCCCAGCGACCUGGACAUCCGCGUCAAGAAGUGCUCGGCCAAGAAAAACAUUUACUCCAACGAAGACUUCACGGUCAACGAGGGCGGUGACGCUAAAUCGUUAUUAACCAAAAUCUGCAGUUACAUUUGCAAAAAGUUUCGAAAAUAAAAUGCUCGAAUAUUCAACAAAA